GGUUUUUGUUUUUGGGUUAGGGUUUAAUCAAUUUGCUUCCCUGCUCUCAUACUUGACUAUCUAUUCGACUAAUCCUAGCAAAUUAGGAUAUCUUUAUAUUAGUUCCCGUGCUUUCUUCUUUGAUAGGUUUGGUUCGUACUUAUCAUGGUUCCAUUUUUUGAUUUCCGGCUGUUGUAUAUGUAAUUGGGUUUUUAGUUAUUGGCUUGUUUGUUUUGUUGAAUUUGUGCAUCUGUUUCCCCUUUUAUCCCAGGUUUAUGAAAGCUUUUCAGCAGAAGGUCGCACAUUUCGUGUCAUUUUUGGUUUUGACUGUACAAGCAGAACAGAAGACACAGAUUACUUGGUGGAAAUUCAAAAGGCGAUAGCUAUUUUGGAACAAGUUCUACCUCCUGUUGCGGGUGACAAAUCCAUAUCCUGCUUUACAUUUGGAGAUGCAUUGUCGCUUGACCACGGUGUCACCUGCCUCUUCACUGAUGAUAGAUCGUUUACUGGAUAUAAAGAGGCAUUUGAGGGGUACGAAGUUGCAGAUUGCAAAUCAUAUCCUGCAGAAAAAAGAUCGUUUGGUCCAAUCAUUGGAAAGGCUACUCAUAUUGCUAGCGGAGCACCCAGCCAGCCCCAUGUUCUGAUAAUAUUUGCCCGUGGACCAGUGAGGAGUAAUUAUGAUGACCUUCAGAAGCCAAGUGUUCAGGAGGAAGAUACCUUACUUGCGAUUGCACAAGCACGCAAGUACGGAUUGUCAAUUAUUAUAGUUGGAGUUGGAGAGAACAGCGGGGAAGUGAUGAGGGGUUUGGAGGAUAAGAGUUCUAAUUUUUGGAGCCAUAAGCUUAAAUAUGUUCAGUAUGUAGACUUCCGGAAGCUAAUGGCAACGGUGCCUGAGCAGAGAAAAGAGAUUGAGUUUGGUCUUGCAGCUACUGAGAAGUUGCGUUCAAAUCAGCACAGCAACAGGAACAACAAAGUUAAGGAGAACGUUACUACCAAAUAUGCAGGUUUUGUUGGCUGAUCUCCCCCCACCCCCUGCCGGUAAUGCCAGUUUUCAGCGUACUGUUAGGCGAUGUUAGGUGGAAUGAAGAUGGUCUGCAUCUCCUAUUUUCGCGUUUCAAGGGGUGCGACUCCACAGUUCCUAUAUAUAUAUAUAGAUAUAUUCCCUGCUCAUGUAUUUUUGUAUAUAGAGGAGAUCCAAUUCCUCUUUCGAACUUUUAAAAUUAGCUAGUAACUGCUAUGGCGUACUUUGUGUUUCAAGUGGGUCUAAUUUUUCUGUAUCUCUCUGUGGGUGCCUCUCAAGUCUUAAUGUUUCCUGUAUUACUGUUACACUGAGUUGCACAGUACAGCCGCAUGUGAAUGUAAUCUUAGCUGAAUGUUUGUUGUGUAGAUGAAUUAGAUGGCAAGGAAAAUUCUUAUGAGAA